GCGGGAGCAAAGAUCCGCCUGUCCACCCGUCCCACGCUGGCUCCUGAUAGGCUACCAGAGCUGUCCAUUUUGACAGGGGUGCUGUGCGCAGGCGCGGAAAGGUACCGGGACUGGACGGAGUGCCGGCGUCGCGGAGCUAUCCGUUUGUUUGGAGAUGGCAGAGGUGGAGGAGACACUGAAGCGACUUCAGAGCCAGAAGGGAGUACAGGGCAUCAUCGUGGUGAACACAGAAGGCAUUCCCAUCAAGAGCACCAUGGACAAUCCCACCACCACACAGUAUGCCAACCUCAUGCACAACUUCAUCUUGAAGGCCCGGAGCACGGUGCGUGAAAUCGACCCCCAGAAUGACCUCACCUUCCUGCGAAUUCGCUCCAAGAAAAAUGAAAUUAUGGUUGCACCAGAUAAAGACUAUUUCCUGAUUGUGAUUCAGAAUCCAACUGAAUAAGCCAGUCUCUUGGCUCCCUGCAUCAUUCCUUAAUUUAAUAGCUCCCAAGAAUAAUAAUGUUUAAUCAUGUCAACCAACUGGCAGGUGGAAAUCACCUUAGAGCGUACUUAGACCAACCCAGUGACCAAAGUCAUCAAAGUCAUCCCUCUGCUGGCCAAUCACCCUUGAAUCCUUGGAAGGGCAUUCUUUCCUCACCUCCAGAUUUUGGAGCAAGAGCUUUGAGCAGCCCACACCCUACUUCCUCCUAACCUUCAGUUCAUUUUGUCACCCUUGGAAAAGGCUGUUUUUCUUUAACUAAAAAUAACUGAAAUGCUUA